AAUCGAUAUUGCAUGACCUGAACGGAAUACUGUGGUAGAAGGGUAACCCAUUUACAGGGAUAAUGAUAAUAUAUUUGGCUAAUAAUUAUUGGAAGUUGGCUAUGGUGGAGAUCCUCUCUAAUAUCGGUCAGAACGCCUUCUGAUUCUAGCCUUCGAGGUAACAGUUGAUAGUUGAGUUAUCACUAGUUAUGGUUGCCUACGAAUAACGACCUACUUAGUUCACUCGUUUUACUGCAUUUCUAUUUCACCGACCAGUAUUCUGUUCACAUCCAGCCGCCCGAUCUCUGUCCUGAAGUUUAGAAUGCAUAGAUCAUUUGCGUUACAAAGACAAAGACUAAACCAAGCUGAUUUUUCAAGAUGAAGAAGCUGUUGAAGUUCAAGUCCAUGCCACUUAUUAGAAAGGACGGUCCCGCCAAAGAGAAGGACUCAAAUCAGACCGACAUUGAGGCACUGGACCGUCAUAUGUUCAUGCAAAAAGCAAGGACUAGGUUGAAAAAGGAGCUGGAAACUAUUGCUAAGGACCCGUUUGAAACCUGGUCUAUUGGACCAGUCGCGGACGAUCCAUUCCACUGCCAGGGGACACUGCUUGGCCCGCCCGGCUCGCCAUAUUCGGAGGGAUUGUUCUUCUUAUAUAUCAGGUUCCCAGCCGAUUACCCGUUCUCUGCGCCUUGCGUGUACUUCACGACGAGGAUCUACCAUCCCAAUAUUAGCUUAAAUGGAACCAUAACGCUUGAGCUGAUCAAGGAUAAUUGGUCGGUGGGCUGCAAGAUUCCAAGCAUAUUCGUCGCCCUGAACCAACUACUGCUGGAACCAAACCUGGCCACCGCCAUCAAUCGCGAAGCCGAAAAUAAGUAUAAAACGGAUCGACUACAGUAUCAUCAAAUGGCGAUAGAGUGGACGAGAAGCUAUGCGAGUGGUUGAGCAAGGCGACGGAGGGUGCAAUGGGUGAUACCGCCAUGCAGGAUAAGACAGUCAGUGGGGAAUUGCGAACUUAUGAAUCAGCGAAUAGACAAGCGUUAAAUAAGACCAC